AUGGCUUCUUCUUCUCAAAACUAUUUAGAUGAAGCUUUUGAUGAUGCUUUUGAUGAUGCAUUUGAUGAGCUCUUUGAUCAACAUUUUGAUCAAGCCUUUGACAAUUUUACCGUUCAAGGGAGGAUACACGCGACUAACAACGAGUUCCAGAGAUACGGUCCGAAGGGUUUCAUGGAGAUCAAGAUCCUCGAAAACGACAACCUUUACGUCCGUGUCGACUUGCCCGGUGUUCCAGACGACGGUGUCCGCCACAGAGUCGACUCCGUGAGACAAAAGGUUGUCUUUUUCUCCUGUGAAGAGACUCUCAGCGACGGAGACGACAAGAAAAACGCCCGUGAGUACGCUGGAACCGCCGGUUUAGGGUGUGACUGCUGCGAGAUAACAGGGGUGGAUGCGAAGAUGAAAGAUGGAAUGUUGAGGAUGAUUGUGUCAAGAGGACAACAAGUGUACUCUCUUUUUCCCUCUCAACAAAGGUUCGAAUCCCUCCUCUCACUCAAAAAGAUCCAACCUUUCUUGCAUAUUCCAUUAAAUGCUUUAGUUUGUUUAUAG